CUGACCUCUCCCCUCUCUCCCAGGCUUACCAGGAAGGAAGAGCUACCCUCGAAACAUGCGUCUGAACAAACUACUCACCUGAAGUACAAGUCUUCUCUAUGGGGUAUGCAUCAGUACAAACAAUGAUGACAUGGUAAUUUGCGUGUCUGUUAGAGGGGAAUCACAUCCGCAAGUGGGGAUGAUAGUCGUAAUAUGUAGAGGUGUCCUGAUUACUGAGGUGUCCUGCUCUCAGGUGUCCUGAUUACUGAGGUGUCCUUG